AUGUCGGCCGGACGCAAGGUCUUCCAUUGUGCCGUGGACGAAACGGCCCUCACCACCAAUAUUAGCGAAAUCAAGAGAUGGACCACUAGCGGCGCCAUUACCCUCAUCGUCCCGCUUUACACGCUUGAGCGCCUGCAUGCUUUGAAAAGAGCUGGAUCCCAGAUCGCCAUCAACGCCCGCGAGGCUGUCCGCUUUCUCGAUCGAGUGACGUCCGGGAAAGACAACAUCUCCGCCGAGCGUGUCCUGCUGCAGGGUCCGAUGGAACAGUAUGAGAGUUGGGAGGAGGCGGAGAAAUUCGUCUUGCCCGAGUUUGAGGAGGAACCCGGGGCGCUCAACGGAAUGACGGCCGAAGAGCAGUUGUCGCUGGAAAAGUCGGCGGAAAGAACCGGGGGCGACAAAAGAAACGGCGCGGCUUCGGAUGAUCUGUCGCAGAUGCUUCUCAACAAGCUCAACUUCAAACCAGAAGCCGAUGCCGUCUCCCUUCCGUCCGCGGGGACUCACAGCAACCCUGGCUCUCGUCCUUCCUCCCGGAGUUCGCGCACGAGCCCCGAGGACCCGAAUCCACAUGCGGUGACGAACGGAGAACUGCACAACGACGUCAAGUCCCCCAAAACGACGGGACACCAGCGCACGGCAUCUGGAUCGAUUGUUCCCAUGGUUCCCGCAGUGCUUCGGCCGCUGCUAAGUGCUAUCCUCUGGCGCCUGCACAGCGGUCCCGACGCAUCCAAUGCUGCGAAAAGCUGCAUCCUUGUCACGAACGAUCGGGUGACGGGACUGUGGGCUCAGAAGUUCGGGAUUGCCGUCAAGAACAUCCACCAGCUGCGAACCUCGAUCCAGUACGAGGAAAGAGAAUACAAGAACCGCUGCAAAUAUGUAGAAAAGACCCAAGUUUCGGAACCGAAGUCUUUGCUGUCGUAUGAGGAGGAUAGUGAUGAAGAUGAGCUGGUAUUCGUUCCUCGGGGCCGCGGAAAGGGCGUGUCGCGGGGCGGCGGCUCACGAACUCUGAACAAUCGCAAACUCGCUCCGACCAAGGUCGCGGCACCUCCUGCAGAGACUCCGAUCGAGAUCCCCACGCAGCCCAUUGAUCCCGACUCUUUCAGUCGGUCUCUGGGCCCCGCACCCAAGCAGCAGCCUACCGUUGAUUUGAGCACUCAAGCCGGAGCUGCUCGCGGUUUGGCGGGCGCUUCUCGUGGCCGUCGUGGUGCAUCCUCCCGAGGACCUUCUCGUGGUAACAGUCGUGGUCGGGGUAAGCUCUGGGUUCCUUGA